AUGCUGUCUUCUUUCUUCGACUCUGUAGUCCUUGUUCUCAUAUAUAUUUUCUUUCUUUCUUUCUUUCUUUCUUUCUUUCUUUCUUUCUUUCUUUCUUUCUUUCUUUCUUUCUUCUGUCGCUUCUCGUUUCUCUGUAUUUCUUUCUUUCUUUCUUUCUUUCUUUCUUUCUUUCUUUCUUUCUUUCUUUCUCAGUAUUCGUUCAUUCAUUUCCUUUUAUUUUUUCAGCUUCUGUCUUAUUUAUUUUCUUUCAUUUCUUUUCCAUCACUCUUUUAUACCAGUCGAACCUAUUCUUGUAUUUUGUUUCUGUUUCGUUCCUUUCUGCCCAAUUUGGUUUCUUUUUUUCCCCUUGGUAUUCAUCGUAUUUUUCUUUCUUUCACCUUUCCUUCUUCUUUAGUUUCUUUCUAUUUCCUCUCUUUCCUUCUGAUUUUCUUCCUUUUCCUAAAUAUAUAUCGUUUUCUUACCAUGAAUAAAUUUAUUGCCCUCACCCUUCUCGUUAAAUUUCUUUUUUUUAUCUUUGCCGUCUUUCUUAUUUUGUUUUUAUUUCUUUCUUUCUUUCUUUCUUUCUUUCUUUCUUUCUUUCUUUCUUUCUUUCUUUCUUAUUUGUCUCGCUUUUGUUUACUUUUUCAUUUUCUAUUUUUCUUUCUUCCUUUUACUAAUUUUCAUUUUUUCUUUCUAUUUUUGUUUCCUUUUUCUUUUUUUCUUUUCUUACAUUUGCUUUUUUUUUUUUUUCUCUCCUACAAUUUAUAA